CAGCCCGCAUACAGACCUCUGUACCCUUUGAGUAAAGUAUUCUGUUUCUUUCAAGGAAUUGGUCAUGCUAGUCACUAUGUCUGGAUUAAAUUUUUUGCAGUUUGUACGCUGCAGUCGAAGACACACUAUAGUCACUUCAGUUCGACCUUUGUAUGCAAGAUUUAACCAAUCAGGAGAUUUAUCCAGCAUUAAACGAUUUGGAGUAUAUUCACCAUUCCGCUGCAGUGCACAGCAAUGUAGCAAACAGCCUGCCUGGACAGUGGCCCGUCUUUGGGGUCAAGCCCAUAAAGUAGUCAGACAUGCCACUGGGCACACUCCAACAUCUCCCAAGGUCACCUUGAAGUUGGUUUUGGGUCCAGUUGCGUUAACAGUGGUUGCACGGCUGUCCUGUGGUAUGGCGUAUUGUCAAGCUGACUUGGAUAAAAAUGCACCAUCUGCAGUUCAAACAGUGGAAAAGGUCCCUGAGUUCAGCUGGGCCAUUCUCUGGGAGUUCCUUCAUCCUCAGCUAUUAGCCCUAAUAGGAGCUAUUAUUCUUGCAUUUGGAGCUGCGAUUCUGAAUAUCCAAAUUCCUCUGAUGUUGGGAGACUUGGUGAAUGUGGUAGCAUGCCAUAUGAGAGAACAUGCUAGAAAUUAUAUGAGGAAUAUCAGAGGACCAGCUCUGAAGCUCCUGGGACUGUAUGGUUUACAGGGUUUGAUGACUACUGGCUACAUCAUCCUUUUGUCCAGAGUUGGGGAGAGAGUGGCUGCAAACAUGAGGAAAACUCUUUUUGCAUCUGUACUCAGGCAGGAUGUUGCAUUCUUUGAUGCAAAUAAGACAGGACAGCUGGUGAACCGACUGACAUCUGACAUCCAGGAGUUUAAAUCUUCCUUCAAACUGGUCAUUUCUCAGGGUUUGCGAAGUACCACACAGACAGUGGGCUGUUGUGUCUCGCUGUAUGUCAUCUCUCCAAAGCUCACUGGACUGACUGUGGUCGUCCUACCGUGUCUCGUGGGAGCUGGUGCAUUCAUCGGGUCAUUCUUGCGUAAACUGUCUCGAAAAGCCCAAGAACAGGUGGCCAAAGCAACAGGAGUUGCUGACGAGGCUCUUGGCAAUGUGAGAACUGUGAGAGCAUUUGCCAUGGAGGACAGAGAGCUGGAGAGAUACGGACAUGAGGUGGAGAAGUCCUGUGAAAUGAAUGAAGCUUUGGGAUCAGGAAUAGCAAUAUUCCAAGGGUUAUCAAACAUUGUUUUGAAUUGCAUUGUUCUUGGUACCAUUUUUGCUGGUGGAUCUUUGAUGGCCAGUGAUGAGAUGUCUCCUGGUGAUCUGAUGUCAUUUUUGGUGGCUUCCCAAACUGUUCAGAGGUCUUUGGCAAGCAUUUCUAUCCUGUUUGGACAGAUGGUGAGAGGCAUUAGUGCUGGGACCCGUGUUUUUGAGUACUUGACUUUGGAGCCUACCAUUCCAAUAACUGGUGGAGGGCGAAUUCCACAUCACUCUUUAAUUGGGCGAGUUGACUUCAUGAACGUCAACUUCAGUUACCCAACAAGACCUGGACAUCAGAUUCUAAAGAACUUCAGCCUGACUCUACCCCCAUGUAAAACUGUAGCUAUUGUCGGAGAGUCAGGAGGAGGUAAGUCCACUGUGGCUGCUCUUCUGGAGCGCUUUUAUGAUCCACUCAGUGGAGUGAUAAUGCUGGAUGGACUGGACAUCAGGACACUGGACCCUUCCUGGCUUAGAGGGAGAGCUAUUGGCUUCAUCAGUCAGGAGCCUGUGCUCUUUGGAACAUCUGUGAUGGAGAAUAUUCGUUUUGGAAAACCUGAGGCCACUGAUGAAGAGGUUUAUGUUGCUGCAAAACAGGCCAAUGCACACAGCUUUAUCACUGCCUUUCCAGAUGGGUAUGGCACUGUUGUUGGUGAGCGAGGUGCGACCCUCUCCGGAGGUCAGAAGCAGCGGAUCGCCAUUGCACGCGCUCUGAUCAAAAACCCCAGCAUUCUAAUCCUGGAUGAGGCCACCAGCGCCCUGGAUGCUGAGUCUGAGCGGGUGGUUCAGGAAGCCUUGGACCGGGCCACAACGGGUCGCACCGUACUCAUUAUUGCCCACCGGCUCAGCACCAUUCAGGGCGCUGACCUCAUAGUUGUCAUGAAUAAUGGGCGGAUUGUCGAGGCUGGGACACAUCUGGAAUUACUGGGUAAAGGAGGACUGUAUGCUGAACUUAUCAGACGACAGAGAUCCAACGGGCAAAACUGACUGCGUUGCUUCAUCAUACUACUGAUGAGUUGUAUUUCAACACUACCCUGGGCUCCACCUGGGCAAGCCGGUGCUCCUAAUGGACAAGUUUUAAGUGUGGGCUCGUUUUAUCGUGAGACACGCUAAAGACCUUAAAAGGAGAAACGAUUUCUAUUGAUUAGUCAGGCAGGGUCAGUGGACAGAGUCUUCUUGCCAUGCCCACUGGCGAACCGUUUACAUAAUACUAAGGGAUUACUUUUUUAAUAUAAAAAUACACAUAUCAUAAUCACAUUACUUUUAUAAGAGAUUUUAAGGAUUUAAAACCAGGCUUUAUUAUGUAUAAAGUAUCAUGUUAGUGAUGUUAAUUGACAGUAUCAAAGAGAGAUGUUUUUACAUGCAGAAUAAUACAAUAUUCAGAAUAAUAUAAUAUUCUACAUAAAUAAU